CCUGAAAUGUAUGCAGUAAAAUGCACGAUUCAAUAUAGAGUUUAAGUUUCUCCACUUUUGCAAAAAUACAAUGUGAAAGUGCCUGAGCUUUAUGGUAAUGUUGUGUAAUUAUAGUUAAGUGAAAUAUCAUAAUACUCGAAGAACUCCCUAAGAAUAACCGGGCUCACCGUGGGACUGGCCUGGACCAGCCGCUGAUUCCCACGACCCCUCCUCUCUACACUCAGACAAAUCAAAACAUAGGCUGCAAAGGCGCACAAGCAGUGAGGAGACGGAGAGGGGGAGCAGCUUUGCACCACUUUUAGAAAGACUGUUAUUUACUAUAAAAGCUUUUGAUUUCAGACUGUGCGGCUCACGCUGUUGCGCUGCACAGUAAAACCAUGGAUGAAAAACGUAAUCUGUGGAAUUAGAAGGAAAGUGUGGAUUUAACCGCAAAUCAAAGUGGACGAGAAGAAGCACGGUGGAGUGGAGGGAAUAACGCAACUCGGGAUUAUUUCUAUGAUUUGAUAAUGCCGAGGAGCCAGUUUCGGCUUCGGAUAUACGUCCAAAACAAGUGUGAAGCCAGAGGAUGACGGCAGCCAGGUCCAGUGGGACAGCCAGUCCCUGUAGCCCCUCCUCCUCCUGCUCCACCCAGUCCUCACCUGCAUGCCUCCCAGCAUGCCACAGACACUUGAAGAAAGGGAAAGCCCUCCAGACCAAACUACACCUCCGCUCAGCUCCAGGUGUGUGGCUGCUGCUGGGUGUGGUAGUGGUGCUGGUGGGGAUGGCAGUGGCAGUGGCGGGAUAUGUAUCAGCAGCGCCAAAGCCUGUGGGUGGCCGGGGGAGCACCCACAUUGAGAGGAUGAAACUGGCCGGACCUGUUGUGAUGGGAGUGGGGCUUUUCAUCUUCAUCUGCGCCGCCACACUGCUGUACGAAAACAGGGACCGUGAAAUCCUCAGACAAGAGACGUUUGAUGACCUUGAGGAUUUGAAGGGAGGAAUGGGCUGGGAGGACUCACAGGAGCAGCAAAGCUUCAGCUGUCAGGAGCCGUGGGAGUGCAAAGAUGGAGAGCAGGGAUUCUGGGCCACUCCAGCCCACAUGCUCCCCCUCUCAAACCAGAACUGGGGCCCUCCUCCUCCACCUCCACCUCGCAGGAACAGACACAACAUCAGACCAUCAGUGCCGCCUCCUCAGGACGCCGGAGGUAGAGAAGGGGAAGAGAUGGACAGAAAGCAGGAGGAGGAGGAGGUGAUGGAGAAGAAGGGGAGGUCGACUCUUCUGGCCUGUGUUCUGCACCACCAAGAGCCAAAUCCUCACCCUCCCUCCCCUUGUCUUUCCAUCUCUCACUCUUCUGUCCACACUGACUCUUGUAACUCUAGUGAGAUCAACUUUAACAUACGGACAGGCUCUCCUCUCCCAGUGGAGCCCUGAACCCCCUCCCCACUGGUUGUACUGUCCUGUUAAAUAUGCAUGGUGAGAUACAUCUGAAAGUUUCACGUGCAGACACACAGCAGUCAGUGAUUUGGACAUUCCUCAAUAAACACGUGAAAUAUUUGGUGGUAUGUUUUAGUGCCUCCGAGUGGUGCAGUGGCUCUGAGUCACAGUCUGUGAAGGGUGUUUUUGUCCUGUAUCGUUCUCUGACUCACCCACGUUUCCAAAGAUUUGAAGCGAUGCUGUUUGAUGUCAACUCGCGAUCUUGUUGUCUUUGAACUCACCCAUGCCCAAAUCCCUUAAGACGCUGCUUGUUUGACCAUAUUAGGACUUGAGGAGGAUUUCUAAAAGUUACUUGGGUGCCAUAGUGGAAAACUCUCGCACACUCUGCAGAGGUACAGCAUCUACACUGUACUUGCUGAGGAGGUCUACUUAAGAGGAUGAGCCAGAUUAGCUCUCAAAUGAGUCUUUAUCUGUUCUCACACAUACAGAAAUCGGCUCUUUAUGUGAGGAAAUUGUGUCUCAAUAUAAACAACAGAUGCACAAAAAGGGCACCCUCCUCUUGCUCGACACCUACAUCCCCUGCUAUAAAUACCAGGUUCUGUACAAAGGCAAACAUGGACUCAAUGUCUGUUUUUCUUUCCAUAAUUCAGAUUUGAAUUGCUUUUUUAAUUCAGUGUCAGCUGCUUAGCCUUCCUCCCCCCACUUGAGUGUGAUUAAGUGAGAGAAUUUCAAUCAGAGCGUGGAUAGAAUGUGGAGGAGCACUGCCUGAAAAAGGCAAAAUUUGGUGGGAAAAAAAAAGCAGUGAGGCCGCCUUGUAUGAGUUAUUCUGACACAGUUUAGCUGAGAAAAACAGUCCUGUGAUUUGUGUAACUCACUCUCCCACCAUCCCGACCUUUCAUCUUUCCUCUACUCAUCAUCUGAUUCCUACGCUUUAUUCAAAUACUCCAGCGCUCUGGAUAUCUCAUCCUUAGCUCGGGCAGAAAAACAACACAAAAACCUCUCAACAUUUCUGAGUAAAUAGCUUUUAUCAGGUACAAUUAGCAAAAAGUGCGCAUGUUUGAACAGACUGAGAAGUAGGGGAGGAUUUUAAUUAUCACCAGCAUUUUCUCCACCAACUUCUAAUUACGCAGGGGAUCAGUCUGCAGGUUUUUAUAGGUGCUUUAGGACUGCACAGUAUUUCCUUGUUGUUUGGGCCCAUGCUGGGAUUCUGCCAUCCAGAUGACGACCAAGACUGAAGGGUACAGUAAUUUGCGAGCCACAGCCACACAUUUCUCACUAAAACCAGCACCCUCCUUCUCUACAACUCACACACUAUGUGGUGGGUUUUGUGUUGUUAUGCUGUUUUAAGGUGCUGGAUGUAUAUUUCAGUAGCAGAGAGUCAAGGAGAUGUGGCUCUUCUUGACUGAAUCUUGCAACAUGCUGCCAGCCUCCUUCGCACUUAUCGCUCAGAAAAGCAGCUCCCUCCUCAUCCUCACACAUGCACAAAGUCCUCCUCAGUGUGAGCUGUGUUCAAAUUUAGACAGAGAUGCCUCACUGUAGGGCAGCGACUAAUGAUUAAUUUCAUUUCAGAAUAAUACAUUAAUUACUUUCUCUUUUCUUAACGUUUUUUCCAAGAAACCAUCAAAAACUCAAAUAUAUUUAGAUUGCUAACAGAAAAGACACCAUGUCUUUACAUUUGAGGAACAUGGUCUGUUGCUGACGCUGAAUCUGGACUUCAACACUUAAUUGUUGAGAAUAAGCAGAGUGAAGUUAUAACUUCACACAGCCUUGUUCUAUGUAUUUUAUAUGGUUUUUAAUAAAUUCAGCAAACAAUUAAAAACCCAAACAUUCAUUUUACUCUCAGAGUAGCAACAGAUCUUCAUAUAAGUGAUUAAAACAACCAUUUUGUAAUUGAUAACUAACUAGUUUACCAGUCAGAUUAAAACAGUCAUUUAAUCAUAAGAUAAAAUCAUCAAUCUUAACAGCCCUAUUAGUCACUAUAAAUUUUUAAUCUGAGCCAGUGACCAAUGAAGUUCUGUCAUUUGAUCAUCAUCCACUCACAGCAUGUAGAGUUGGUUAACCAGGCAGUAAUGCUGAUGAUCAGAUUAAAUGUAGAGGUCAAAUCUCUUUGUGAAUUGACUAGUGGUUCCAGUGUCUUCAUUACUGCAGCAACACAGUAUUGAAGAGUCUUUGAGUUUUCUCACAUUCACAUCUGUACGUUUGAGUACGCCAGUCUUACAUAAUUCAGCAACACAGGUUUUCUGCUGCAUUGAGAGUAUAACUCAUCCCACUGUAGGAGAGUUAUGCAGCUUAUAUAUGAGUGUGUGUGUGCAUUGAUACAUAUCUGAGCAGACGGACGGAAGUCUAUAAGCUGCUUAACUCUGCGCUGACUCAGGAUGCACGUAAUUUCUUUUUCUUUAAGAAAGAAAGAGGCUAUCAUUGACAUUUUGGUAUGAAAGAUCUGAGCGACUGAGGAUCAGACAGCACAAACAGUUUACUGUAACAGCAGGAAAAGAGAUUUGGUUUAAAGGUUUUCAUAAUAAGUUAGGUGGAUGGGGAUUUUGAACUUCACCAGACACAGCGUGAGUUACCAGCUUAGUUUUAUGUGGAAUAUUGGAGCUGUAUUAUCUGUUAAACAGCUGACAUGUCAAAUGACAUUUGCUGACAUUCGAGGAGACUUGAUGUCUCCUCUAUGCUUUUCUAACUUACACCUCUGUACAGUAUAGGUGAGGUUUGUCAUUUGCAGCUAUUUCCAAAAACCUAACUGAUUUGAUCAUCUGCAGCUGCGACUGUUGCCGAACAAACAACAGGUGUAUUACUGACUAAUCCAAUUUCAGCUUUGGUUCCAGUCUCCUCAGCAGUCCUCAAUGCGCUUUCAAUGGAAGAAGUAUAAUGAAGAAAAUGAAAGGUGGACUACUUUUCUGUGUUUUUGUCAUUUUGAUGUUUACAGCUGCAAAAGGUGAGGAAGAGGAGCAGCUAGAGCAGCUUGUGGAAACAGCGGGAUAUGAGGAAGAGGGGGAGUUUCUGGAGUGUUUCCGAUGUGACCUGGGUUUCUGGGAUGCCUGCUACACCACCGAGACCAACUGCAGCCUUGGAGAGCGGUGCUACACAGGCCGAGGGAAGGCAGCGGAUGUUCUGGAUGUGAAGACACUGGGUUGUGUAAAAGCAGAGGAGUGCGAGGUGGUGACCACAGUGGAGCUCUUCACUAAUAAUACCGUCUUUGUCAUGACAAAGCACUGCUGUGACACACCCUUCUGCAACUCAGCACCCACACUUCCAGUUAAUACACUAUUUUAUCUCACGAUGGCUGUCCUGACUGGAGCCUCUAUGGGAUUAAAAUAAACAGCUUGUGCUUAUUUAUGGUCUGAAAAAAACAACAACAAAAAGAACAGGACUGUCUGAAGUGACGCUGAAAGGACUGCAGCCACAUGGAGGAGGAAAAUCUCCAAUUUCUUUGAACUUUUUGACAGAUUGUUAAUUUUAGAAAGCACUCUUCAGAGGAUGGUUUGAAUUCAUUUCAAUGUAGGCAGCCUUAAAUGUGCUUCAUUGAUCUAAUUUAUUAUUUUGAAAUGUAUAUACAGUACUUAUACAUUUCAGACUGCAUCUCAAACACUUUCAGAAUAAUAAAUAUUUCAGUGUUUUUCCUUAGAGUUGUUGUAAAAACAUUCUGUUUUACAUAAAACCUACCAAAAUCUAAAGUAGUGAAUGAACAAACUGACCACAGUGGUGAAGGUGUAUUUGCAGUAGCAGCAGAAUGUUUCAGUGGUUCAGAAGCUCCCCAGCAGAGGGCAGGAGCUCCUCUCUCAUGAAGUGCUUUAGAUCCAAGUCCUUGUCCUCCAGAUCCAGGUUGAGGAACUGCUCCACUACACUCCUGCACCUGAACAUGUACAAACACAAUGACCUGUCUCUUUACUGUUUUCAUUGUCAAUCUUACAGUUUGACUUUAACAAACCUGUUAGCCUGCUCAUCACAUGAUGCUUUGUCAGUGCGUUUGAUGGGCCUUCCUGUCCUAUACAGUUCAGAGACCUAGCCCAAACACACACACAAAAAUAGUCAGUGUGAAGAUGCUGUUGUGUAUCUGUGUUUUUUUUUUUGUUUUUUUUUUUUGCAUUUUUACCUCCACUGCUCUCUGUACAAGGUUUGUUGGGAGGCCUGCCAGUGCAGCGAUGUUGGCAGCAUAGCUGGACUGGCAGAUCCCUUCUUUCAGUUGGUACAGAAACACCAACUCAUUCCCAUCCACUGCUGUCUCCAGAGUCUAAAACACACACAAUUAUUACACUACCACAAACACACAUACUUAAAAAUAAACUUAUGAGGUAAA